AUGGCCUCAAACGUCAAUCCCGACAAGAUGAGCUACAUCUACAACUCGCAGCUCGAUGCCUUUACCCUCUACCACAUUUCCCACGAACGGGACGAACGCAUCGCUGUCGGUCCUGCACUCCCUGCCCUCGGCCACGCCACGUCCGGUGCGCUAGGCACCGUUAUAUCCAAGCUCUUAACAUACCCUCUGGACGUCGUCAUCACGCGCCUACAGGUUCAGCGGCAAUUACACCCUGGUGAGGAGCACCCACACUAUAAUGGGUUCCUGGACGCCAUCGAGAAGAUAUACGAGAGAGAAGGCGGGCCCAAGGCCUUUUACACCGGCGUAGUGCCCGAGGUUCUCAAGGGCGUCGCCGACAGCUUCCUUUUCUUCCUAGCGUAUUCAUAUGUGCGACAGAAGCGGCUCGAUGCGCGAGAUAGUGGACGUAGCUUGCCCGCGCUCGAAGAGAUUGGAGUAGGUGUGUUGGCAGGCGCCUUCUCCAAGUUCUUUACCACGCCGAUCCAGCAGAUUGUCACGCGCAAGCAGACAGCAGCGAUGAUGAGACAAGAGUCGCCAACCACCAUACCUCCGCUAUCCAGCACCAGAGACAUAGCAUGGGAAAUUAGGCGCGAGAAGGGCAUACAGGGCUUCUGGUCUGGAUACUCUGCCAGCCUGAUCCUGACCUUGAACCCUUCCAUCACCAUGCUACUGCACAAGGCUCUCCUUCGAUUAGUUGUACCUAGGGAAAAGCGAGACGACCCCGGAGCGCGCAUGACCUUCCUCCUGGCCGCCAUAAGCAAGGUCCUCGCCUCCACUGCUACCUAUCCGUUCUCGCUCGCAAAGACACGCGCCCAAGUGUCUUCUCAGAAGCCUUCUUCCGGGACUGGUGAGACCUCGGACAAGGAGAGGUCUAGUGACCCGCUCGAGUCGAAAGCCUUACAAGCUAGGCAGCGGACUGUAUUCAGUACCAUCUUACGCAUCGCCCAGACUGAAGGGAUCUGGGGCUUGUACCAGGGUCUUGGGGCGGAAGUACUGAAAGGCUUCUUCUCACACGGUAUCACGAUGUUGAUGAAGGACCGUAUUCAUGCUGUCAUCAUCAGCCUCUACUACACGGUGCAGGAGGCGCUGAAGAAAUAUCCUAGCCCGAGUGAAGUCGCAAAGUCGGCAUCAGACAGCGUUCAUAACGCCUAUGAGCAAGGCAAAGAGCAAGCCAGCGACGCUUAUGCAAGGAGCGCCGGAGUGGUCGGCAACGCAACGGAUUCAGCAAAACAGGCCGUAUCGCAGGGCUCACAACAAGCGCAAGAGCUUGUAGAGAGGGGUAAGCAACAGGCUUCCGAGGCCUACUCGAGAGGUGCGCAAGUAGCAGAAGCGGCAUCGACGUCCGCCCAGGAGGUCAUGCAUAGCGGUUCGCAGCAAGCUGGACAGGUGUAUGAGAAGAGCAAAGACGCUGUUAGUGAGGCUGCCAGCAAUGUUUAUAGCCAGGGCAAAGAUGUUCUGGACAAAGGCCAGACUGCUGCCAGUAACGCGACACAGCAAACUGGAAAUGCGCUUGAGCAGGGCAAGCAGGCUGCAAGCGGCGCAUCGCAGCAGGUUAAGGGUGCUGUUUUGGACGCGGACAUUAAAGACAUCAAUGGUCCUGACAAGGGCAUCAAGGAGUGA